CGGCAGAGCCCUGAGUGGAGCCAGGUGGGAAGAUGGCCGAGAAACUGGUGUCCGGAGACCUGUUCCUGAGGAAGACCCGAGACUCUGUGUCCUCCUUGGACUCGGAUAAGCUGGCACCCAUCUCACCUGAGGCAGCAGGAGAGGAGUCAUCCGACAGCGAGGGCGAGCAGGAGGACAGUUCCCACAAGCUCAUCCGCAAGGUGUCCACGUCGGGGCAGAUGAGGAGCAAGAAAAGCGUCAAGGAGGGGCUGUUGCUGAAGCAGACGAGCUCCUUCCAGAGGUGGAAGCGGCGCUACUUCAAGCUGCGGGGCAGGACGCUCUAUUACGCCAAGGACUCCAAGUCCCUGAUCUUCGAUGAGGUGGACCUGUCUGACGCCAGCGUGGCGGAGACCAGCACCAAGAACAUCAACAACAGCUUCACGGUGAUCACGCCUUUUCGGAAGCUCAUCCUGUGUGCAGAGAACCGCAAGGAGAUGGAAGACUGGAUCGGUGCCCUGAAGUCUGUGCAGAAGUGGGAAAUCCACGAGGCCACGCAGUUCAACAUGGAGCACUUCUCGGGCAUGCACAACUGGUACGCCUGCUCCCACGCCAGGCCCACCUUCUGCAACGUGUGCCGCGAGGCCCUCUCCGGGGUCACCUCCCACGGCCUCUCCUGUGAAGUCUGCAAGUUCAAGGCCCACAAGCGGUGCGCGGUGAGAGCCACCAACAACUGCAAGUGGACAACCCUGGCCUCCAUCGGCACGGACAUCAUCGAGGAUGAGGACGGGGUGGCCAUGCCCCACCAGUGGCUGGAGGGGAACCUGCCCGUGAGCGCGCGCUGCGCCGUGUGCGACCGGACCUGCGGGAGCGUCCGGCGGCUGCAGGACUGGCGGUGUCUCUGGUGCAAGGCCAUCGUCCACAGCGCCUGCAAGGAGCUCUUUGGGAAGAGAUGCCCCCUGGGGCAGUACAAAGUUUCCAUCAUCCCACCAACCGCCUUGAACAGCAUCGAUUCAGACGGUUUCUGGAAGGCCACCUGCCCGUCGUCCUGCUCCAGCCCUCUCCUGGCCUUCGUCAACUCCAAAAGUGGGGACAACCAAGGCGUCAAGUUCCUGCGCAAGUUCAAGCAGUUCCUCAACCCGGCCCAAGUCUUUGACCUCAUGAACGGGGGCCCACACCUGGGGCUGCGGCUCUUCCAGAAGUUUUCCACCUUCCGCAUCCUGGUGUGUGGAGGAGACGGCAGCGUGGGCUGGGUCCUCUCCGAAAUUGAUGCCCUCGGCCUGCACAAACAAUGCCAGCUGGGGGUGCUGCCCCUGGGCACCGGCAACGACCUGGCACGGGUGCUGGGCUGGGGCAGCCUGUGCGACGACGACACGCAGCUGCUGCAGAUCCUGGAGAAGCUCGAAAGGGCCACCACAAAGAUGCUGGACCGCUGGAGCGUGCUGACCUACGAGGCGCCCAAGCAGUCUCCCCCGGCUGUGAAGGAGGAGGAGGAYGGGGACUCCAACAUCCAGGCCCAGAUCUCCCACUACGCCGACUCCGUUGCCUUCCACUUGGCCAAGAUCCUGGAGUCCGACAAGCACUCGGUGGUGAUCUCGUCUGCAAAGUUCCUGUGCGGCACCGUGAAUGACUUUGUAGCCGAGGUUGGCCGGGCUUACAAGAGAUCCACUGAGAACAAGCAGGAGGCCGAGCUGAUGGCACGGAAGUGCGCCAUGCUCAACGAGAAGCUGGACUCGCUGGUGCGGGAGCUCAACGAGGAGGCCCAGGCCAUCACCGUCCCCGAGGGACCGCUGCCGGCCCCGCCGGGCGACACCAAGGAGCGGGACAAAGAGAGCGGCUUCCACCCCAGCCCCGUGCCCCGCAUCUUCAAAUCCAAGGAGCAGCUCAUGCUGCGGGCCAACAGCCUCAAGAAAGCCCUGCGGCAGAUCAUCGAGCAAGCGGAGAAAGCUGUGGACGAGCAGAACAAGCAGACCCAAGCCUACUGCGGCACCGCGGGGCCCGCCAAGAAGGACAGCUUGGAGGAGUGCAACAAGGAGGCGGAGAGGCUCAGUUCCCGGCGGGAGACGGUGACUUCUGCCACCUCCUCCAUCCUCCUCGACAGGCCCGACACCUUCGGCACCUUGCAGUUCCCCGAAGACCCCAGYGCCCUCCAAUUUUCUGAGAAAUGUGUCAUGAAUAACUACUUUGGCAUCGGCCUGGAUGCGAAGAUUUCCUUGGAGUUCAACAACAAGCGGGAUGAGCAUCCCAAGAAAUGCAGCAGCCGCACCAAGAACAUGAUGUGGUACGGGGUGCUGGGCACCAAGGAGCUCCUGCAGCGCACCUACAAGAACCUGGAGCAGCGGGUGCAGCUGGAGUGCGACGGGGUGCCCAUCUCCCUGCCCAGCCUGCAGGGCAUCGCUGUCCUUAACAUCCCCAGUUAUGCUGGAGGCAUCAACUUCUGGGGAGGCACCAAGGAGGAUAACAACUUCGGGGCCCCGUCCUUUGACGACAAGAAGCUGGAGGUGGUGGCCGUCUUUGGCAGCAUCCAGAUGGCUGUGUCGCGGGUCAUCAAUCUUCAGCACCACCGCAUAGCACAGUGCCGCAUGGUGAAGAUCACUAUCCGGGGCGACGAGGGGGUCCCAGUGCAAGUAGAUGGAGAAGCCUGGAUCCAACCCCCGGGAGUCAUCAAGAUCCAGCACAAGAACCGAGCCCAGAUGCUGACAAGAGAUCGGGCCUUCGAGAGCACCCUCAAGUCCUGGGAGGACAAGCAGAAAGGCGAGAGCUACCGCGCGGCCGCGCGGCCCCGGCUCAGCUCCCAGCAGUCCAUGGAGUACCUGACGGACGAGGAGAUGGGCCUCCUGCUGCAGCUCUCGCAGGUCGCCGAGACCCUCAUUGCCAGGAUCCACGAGGCCGCCAAGGCGCACCGGGCCAUGGAGCAGGAGCUGGCGCACGCCGUCAACACGAGCUCGCUGGCGCUCAGCGAGGCCCUGUCCAGCCGGGCGGCCGGCAGCCCCGAGCUCCUCAGCAGGAACGCGGCCGUGGAGGUGGCGCUGAGCAUCAAGGCGCUGUACACRGAGACGCGGGCGUUCCUGGAGGGCAAGGCGGUGAGUGCGGCCUCRGACGGCACCCCCAGCCCCGUGGCGGAGGAGGGCGCGGGGCCGUGGGCGCGCGGCGGCGCUGGGGACGGUGCCUGUGCCCCGCAGCUGGACUCGCCGCAGGAGGAGGAGGCGCUGAGCGGGCCCCUGGGYGCGCUCGGCCACGAGCUGCAGAGGCUGCUCGACGUCCACUGGCUGGCGCCCAUCGCCCACCCCGCUGAGGAGGAAAACGUGGGGACGGCCAACAAAGGCAGCUUUAAGCUUCGCCUCAACAUCCCCAAGCCCAGGAAAGAUAAAGACAAAGCGUCCAAGCAGAAAUCCAACAGCGGCCUCCCAGCAGACAAGUGGAGCUCUGAGGAGGUGGCAGCUUGGCUGGAGACGCUUGGUUUGGGGGAGUACAGAGACAUUUUUGUGCGUCAUGACAUCCAGGGCUCUGAGUUGAUCCUGCUGGAGAGGAGAGACUUGAAGGACCUGGGGAUCACCAAAGUGGGCCACAUGAAGAGAAUCCUCCAGGCCAUCAAGGAGCUCAGCAGCAUGCCCUAAACCAAGGGCCCAGCGUGGCAGCUGAGCCCGUGCCCUGGAUCCCUGUCCCAGGACCUCUAGCCCCUCGGGACUGGUGCCCAGGGGCUGGGUGCCAGAAGAGGGGAGCCCAGAUCCCCUGUGUGCCCCUUGUGUGCGGAGCCCCCCUGCUUGCCUUGCUUUGUCUGUUUGUUCCCCAGUGCCCCCGGAGCUGCUGCUUCUCCCACAGCCUGUGGGGCUGAAGACACUAAUGUGGAGAUAUGGUGCGGUAGGCGAUGCUGGCCCACGCGUGGGUCACUACAGGAACCAGAGGGCCUGGGCCACUGUGUACCGGUCCAAGCUGGGGCCAAAGCAAAGAGCCCUUGCCUCCCCGAUGUGGGUAUUUAAGCUGUGUAAAUACUUGGAGA